AAGCCGCUUAUCUAAUAAAUUUGUAAUUAUCACAAUACCGCGGUUGAGAUAGAAGUUUUCAGAUAUAAAUUAUUAUCGAAUUUUAAUGACACUAGUUGUUCAGUCGUCGUGAUAGUCCGUCAUAUAUUUUCAAGGUCAUAUUCAUUAAAAAAACAGUUUUACAAAAUAAGAAAUGUGUCACCGGAGUCGAACUCACGAUUCAUGGAAUUAUAACGAUCAAGACGAUAUAUUUGAUGAAAUGGCAGAUAUUUAUGGACAGACACCACCACGUACACGUUACAAUCGUCGGCAACGAGAGCGUAAACAACGUACAUCACUAUCAGAAAAUAAAUCAGCACCAGUAAGGGAAGUACGUUGUAAGCCAUCAUUAUGUCGUCGUAAUACAUUAGACGCAAUAAUAUUCAAUAAAAUGUGCGAUAAAGCCGACGAGGAAGAUUCAGAACGUGAAUUAAAAUUAGAUGACGAUUCUAAUUCUUCUUCAUCAGUUCUGGCAGAUACAGAAGGAGGAGGUGGAGUAGGAGGGGUUAAAGAGAACAAUAGAAAAUGUAAACGUAGUUUAAAAUUAUCGCGCAACAGUGAACGUGAUUUAAAAUUAGACAUCGAUUCUGCGGUUAAUUAUAAAAAUAACAAUCAUUUGUCUACUUUCACUCCAGUUAAUAAAGAAGAUACUAGCAGUCUAAUUAGUAAUAAGAUGACUCUACUAUGCGGAGUUAUCGAAACGAAAAAUCGAUUUAGAUGCUUGAGGUCGAAGCCUGUCGAGAUCGAGUGUAAAAAAGAUGCUGAAGAUUUGAGCAAAUUUAUUUUAGCUAAUGACUCGGAUGAGCUGAGUAAUAAAAUUUGUUUCAGUGAUGAUAACAAAAAUGUUGAUAGAGAAAUAUUUCAUGAAAAUUUUUCCCAUGCCAUACGAUUGUCAGCCAAUGACCGAGAGCGCAAUUGUUGCCGCCAAAUUAGCAGCGAAGAGUCUCGCUGGCAAAAUGAGCUAAAAGAUUUAAUUUGGCUCGAAUUGCAAGCUUUUCACGCAGACCGUAGUCUCGUUGAGCAGGAUGAAUUUCUAUGCAGACAACGUGACGCCAUCUGCCCUUUACUUACCGAAAUUCUUAACUACAAAUACGAUCUAACAUCAAGUCUGAUAGAGCACGGAUCAGCUACAUCGAGCUCAGAUUCUGGAUUCGAAGGUUCUCUGGUUCCUUCACUCCCUUCCCCGUUUCUAGGUUCUGAAAGCCCUGAGUUUCCUAAGCCGUGCACCGGUUGCUUGUCAAUGCACUGCGUGGCCUGUCGGCACUCCCAAAUAACAGCUUUGAAGCAAGUCGAGAAUCUACUAAUCCGCUUGCAAACUGCAGAGUCUCUGUACCCUUCAUCUCAAGCCUUUGCCGGGCACUAUCCUCAGUACAAAAGCCCUGAAUUUACUGGACGUGUCAAAGCUAUGUGUCUUUGGUACAACAUGAUCCGCCGCCAGCGUCUUAAACUGAGGAUUCUACGGAAAAUGUUAAUUCCCGAUCCGAAACCAUCUCCAGAUUACGUCGACAGUGGACAUGAUCCGAAAUUCGAGAUAUUUGACUUUGAUCCCUCCAGUCCAUCAACAAAAUCAACAACGACGUUUAUUUAUUUGGACGAGGGUCAUUUAGAGCAAUUAGAUUUCGAUACUACCGAAAUUGAACGCGGGUCUUACCGUCGGUAUAUUGAAGAAGUUCUAAAAACCCGGGGUCUCAGCAAAUCUCUAAAUUUUUUAGAACGCUUACACAUGUCCGUGUUGCGUAAAGCUAAUUUGGCUCUCAUGAAAGAGCAAAGUACUGCUUAUGAAGAGUACGAAGAUCAGGAACUCAGACGCUAUGGUUUCUGGAGCUCUGAGUCACAGGCUCUAAAUUUACCAUCUUAUGCAAAUGUUUUUUUAUUUCUGUCACGUGUUCCUUUGGACAUAGUUCAUGAAUUUCUGCAAAUGCGAUUGCAGCAGAAACCGGUAGCACCUGGUGCUUUAAGUGUCAGACAACUGAUGCGUGAAAUGCGGGAAGGGUUAAAGAUAGCGUGUGUUUAUCGUGACAGAUUUUUAGCCCACUCGCGGACUGUCACUGGGUGUGAAUCAGAGCUUGACAUAACAGCUUUUGAUGACAGUCUUCAGCAAGUAUUUGUCGUCUAUCUGGAGUAUUUGAAACAGUGGGUUGAAAUGAUGCCGUACGGUAAUUACCAUAAGGGUCUAAUCGAUGACGAAUGGACGUUUGUGAAAUCAAUUGCGCGGAAUAUAAAGAACGGGUAUACAAUAGGUGGCGUUAAGUUUUGUGAGAUAAAUGGUGUGAUGAUUCAUGAAGCGAUUGAGUUUCUGGGGACAAGGCCGCAAGAAAUAGUUGAUUCUAUGACAGAUAUUGAGGAAAGUGAAGAUGUACGCUAUCAGUUCAUGGCUUUGGGCCGGGAAUGGCAAGCAAUGUUCAUUGAAGCGCGUGAAAAAAUAACCAAAAGUCUUUUGCUUACCAGAUCAUUGAAACGGGACGUUGAUCAGUGGUUUCCAAAUGAUGAAUUGGAAACUGCAUUAGACGCAUUGAAACACGUGAUUAAUGAUUUGAGAGCCAGAAUCUAUCACGUGAUUACGCAGUUCCAGGUGAGAGUGGACCAAGCUGACGAAGCUAAAAUCGAAAACGACUUGACAUUUAAGACUAGAAUCCGUGAAAUACUUCACCAGGCUUAUCGAAUGGGUUUCGAUUAUCACAGAGAAGUUCUCCGGACUUUUCAACCUAAUGAAGAGUUAAUUCACGGAUUAGUUAAUUUUGCAAACUUGUGGAUCGAUUUCGUUAUAACGCGAUGCGAGCGUGGACGGGGAUUAAGACCAAGGUGGGCUCAUCACGGUUUAGAAUUCUUGAUAAUGACUUGUGAGCCUGCUAAUACGGAGUUUCUAAGUGAACAAAAGUUUGGAGAGCUCAAGAUAAGAAUGCAAGAAUGCUGGAUCCAUAUAAUCGGAGAAAUAGAGUCGACGCAUCCGGACGAAUUGAAGGUAUUGCCUUUGUCAAGGACAACUUCUCCAAGGAUCAGUGUCAAGGAUCUCAAAGUAUGUAAUCCUGAAAACGUUAGCUUGAUUGUCAGUAAAAAAAUAUCUGCAAAGCAGACAAGAGUUACUGGUGCUUUGAGACGAUUGGAAGAAGAAAUAGACGAACGAAGACGAGCAAAUGAGUUGAUUGGACGUGUGGCUUCAAAAAAAUCUGCUGAUAGUGUAAGGAUUAAGGUCAGGAGAGUUACCUUCACUUGGCAACGAGGAAUCAAAAUUGGGCAGGGACGUUUUGGUAAAGUUUACACGGUUGUUAAUAAUCAGACGGGUGAGUUGUUGGCUAUGAAGGAAGUUCCCUUGCAACCAGGAGACCAUCGUGCCAUCAGACGUGUAGCAGAAGAACUACAAAUUUUUGAAGGAAUAAAACACGACCAUUUAGUUCGUUACUAUGGUGUAGAAAUUCAGCACGAAGAAAUGCUUAUUUUUAUGGAAUUCUGCGCUGAAGGAACUCUUGAGAGUUUGAUUGCUGCUAGCGCUGUAGGUCUACCGGAAAUAUUUGUCCGUAAAUAUGUUCACCAGCUUCUUUCAGCGAUUUCAGUUCUGCACUUUCAUGGAAUUGUUCAUAGAGAUAUUAAGACUGCAAACAUUUUCUUGACUGAUCAGGGAAACUGUUUGAAACUGGGUGAUUUUGGAUCUGCUGUUGAGAUAAAGGCACACAGUACUAUGCCCGGGGAACUACAGGGUUUUGUGGGCACGCAGGCCUAUAUGGCGCCGGAGGUUUUCAUGAAAACUGAACAUGGUCACGGACAUGGCAGAGCCGCUGAUAUAUGGAGUUUUGGGUGUUGCGUUAUUGAGAUGGCAAGUGGGAAAAGACCUUGGGCGGAAUUUGAUUCAAAUUACCAGAUUAUGUUUAAAGUAGGCAUGGGUGAAACCCCAGCUAUGCCUAAAACUUUUUGCAACGAGGGUGUCGAUCUUAUUGAAAAUUGCUUGCAGCAUGACCCUAAAAAGAGGCCGCAUGCUAAUGAUUUGUUGGCACAUCCUUUUGCGAGAAAUUAUGAUGAUGUAAAUGUUGAAUUACUUGGCCGCAUUGUUACUUAAAGUUAUUUUACUUUUGCAUAUAAGGAGGGAUAAAUUAAAUAUUAAAUAGCAAGUAGUAAUUUAUGAAAAUAUUUAAUUUUAAUUGAGUAGUCAAUCAUCAAAUUUUUUUUUAUACAGAAGUUUAUUUUAAUGGUAAGAAAUUAUUUUUAUGAACCACUUAAUAUUUAAGUUACUAUAAGGGCUGACUUCUUAAGACGAGAAUUUAGAAAAAUUUUUAUUAAUUUGGGUAAUGAGUAUUUUAUUUAAU